UGGAAUGUAUAUCUAUAUCUGUGGAAUGUCCGAGAGGGAAAACGAACCCAGGUCUGUUUGAAACAAGUGUGAAUGUUGGAGUUAGAUAGCUUGAUUACCAUUGAGUAGCCUUGCAGCUGCAAAGUCAAUCAGUGAGGGUAUCUCCAUAGAGCUAUUGAAGCAAGUGGAGUGUAUAUAUAUCUCCCUGUGGAAUAAUAUCCAGGGUGGGAGAAAGAACCCUUGUCUGAGUGAAGUAAGUGUGAAUGUUGCCAGUGGCAAGCUUGAAUAGCACUGAGUAGCCACAAAGUUUGCAAAGUCAAUAAGUGAGGGUAUCUGCAUAGAGGUAGUGAAGCAAGCGGUGUGUGUGUGUGUAUAUACACACACACACUCUUGUGGAAUAAUGCCCAGGGUGGGAGAAAGAACCCUGGUCUGUUUGAAGCAAGUGUGAAUGUUGUAAUUAGCUAGCUUGAUUAGCAUUGUGUAACCUUGCAGCUGUGAAGUCAAUCAGUCAAGGUAGCAGCCUAGAGGUGGCCUGGCUGUAGUGUCUGGAGGCAUUCUCUGUUUGGGAGGUGUUAACUGGCACUUGAUUGUUUGCUGUCUGGAAUUCCCCUGUUGCUGAGUGGUGUUCUUUAUUUACUGUCUUAAUUCCUCCUCCCUGUUUAUUAUCAUUAUAACCACUGUGUUAGGAUCUCUUCCUCUCUUGCUUGGUAGAUCCUUGGCAGUGUUUCAGACUGGAUUCCAGCUAGCUCCUAAGCAGAGCCUUUUCCUGGAGCUUGGGGUCUUUUAUAGAUUGCCACUCUGCUUGUAGGAGGCCAUCAAGAAGUCUGAGGUUUGGUUGGAAGCCAGGAAAUCAACCAAGGGUUUGUUGGGUGCUAGUCUCAGCUCAGUCAUUUAAAAAACCCACUGAGUAACCCUCUCCCCGCCUCCAAGGAUUGCUAUGCUGGCAAAUAAAUAAUAAACCCUUUACUUUUCAAGACAUUUUAGGAAAUGUUCUAUCAGGAAGUUUGGUGUUGUUCGUUGACCAAUCUGCCAGGAAGAGAAACAAGCCGUGUAUCAAGCCACCAAAGCGGUGAUUGAUUGAUUGAUUGAUUGAUAGCCUGCUUUAUAUCUCCAUACGGAGACCAAAGUGGCUCAUAAUAAAAAGCAUGACAAAUUAACAUAUACAAAUAUUUUGGUCCAGGACAGUUAUUGGUGAAGAUCACAGUUUCUCUGGUUGUGGGUGAACUACAACUCCGGGAAAGAAACAAUGAGACGGGUGGUGCGGCAGAGCAAAUUCCGGCAUGUCUUUGGCCAGGCGGUGAAGAAUGACCAGUGCUACGAUGACAUCCGCGUUUCCCGCGUCACCUGGGACAGUGCAUUCUGCGCUGUCAACCCCAAGUUCGUGGCCAUCAUCAUCGAGGCCAGCGGAGGUGGGGCAUUCCUGGUCCUGCCGUUACACAAGACCGGACGCAUUGACAAGGCCUACCCCACGGUGUGUGGUCACACAGGGCCCGUGCUGGACAUCGACUGGUGCCCGCACAAUGACCACGUCAUCGCCAGCGGCUCAGAAGACUGUACUGUCAUGGUCUGGCAGAUCCCCGAAAACGGGCUGGCGCUCUCCCUAACAGAACCGGUGGUGGUCUUAGAAGGCCACUCCAAGAGAGUGGGCAUCGUGGCCUGGCACCCCACGGCACGCAACAUUCUGCUUAGUGCUGGUUGCGACAAUGUUAUCCUCAUUUGGAACGUGGGCACCGGGGAGCCCCUCAUCAGCCUGGAGGACAUGCACCAAGAGAUGAUCUACAGCGUCAGCUGGAAUCGCAACGGGAGCCUCAUCUGCACUUCGUCUAAAGACAAGAAGGUCCGUGUGAUUGACCCCCGGAAACAAGAGAUUGUAGCCGAGAAAGACAAGGCGCAUGAGGGAGCACGGCCCAUGCGCGCCAUCUUCCUCUCAGACGGGAACGUCUUCACCACGGGCUUUAGUCGCAUGAGCGAAAGGCAGCUGGCCCUCUGGAACCCGAAAAGCAUGGAAGAGCCCAUUGCCCUCCACGAGAUGGACACUAGCAAUGGAGUAUUGCUGCCUUUCUAUGACCCGGACACCAACAUCAUUUACUUGUGUGGAAAAGGCGACAGCAGCAUCCGCUACUUUGAGAUCACAGACGAGUCGCCCUAUGUGCACUACCUCAACACCUACAGCAGCAAAGAGCCCCAGCGAGGGAUGGGCUUCAUGCCAAAGAGGGGCCUGGACGUCAACAAGUGCGAGAUCGCCAGGUUUUUCAAACUCCAGGAGCGGAAGUGUGAGCCCAUCAUCAUGACCGUUCCUCGGAAGUCCGACCUUUUCCAAGAUGACUUGUACCCAGAUACAGCUGGCCCAGAAGCAGCUCUGGAAGCCGAGGAAUGGUUUGAGGGCAAGAAUGCCAACCCCAUCCUCAUUUCCCUGAAGCACGGCUACAUCCCCGGCAAGAACCGGGACCUCAAGGUGGUCAAGAAGAACAUCUUGGACAAUAAGCCCACUGCCAACAAAAAGAGUGAUCUCAUCAGUGCCCCAAAGAAAGCAGCCGAUUCCUCAAACCCGCAAAAUGAUGCGAAAUUGGACGAGAUUUUGAAAGAGCUCAAGUCCCUCAAAGACACAAUCGCCCAGCAAGACGAACGGCUUUCCAGGCUUGAACAGCAAGUGGCGAAGAUGGCGAUUUGAGGGCCUUGGGGGAGGGAUGCAAGGCAGGUGGGCAGGCAUCAGGAUUUGAACUGGGGCCCAGGGCAGAGCUCUGGGUUGGCAGGAGGGGCCACUGCCCCGGGAAGGGCGCCUCUCCUUCCCACAGCCUUUGGGAAUCUUCUCCGAAAAUCCAGAAGUCGCCGUCGAUGCCGUGUGUCCAGAGUUGAGCUUUUUUGUGCGAAACAUUCCCCCUUUAUUAUCUUCGUGUCCAUUGCUGAGUUGCCACUGCGUCAACUCUUUUGCGAAGCAAUCGGAAAGGCCUCCUCGGAUUUUGGGACCACAAUGCCAAUAAUACUCUUUGGGUUUUUUUUUUUUUUGUUUGUUUGUUUGUUUUAACUCGAAAGUUGUCAAAAUCCAAAUGUCACUUUCUUUUCCUUUCUUUACCAUUUUGCAGUAUUUUAUGUUCUGCGUGCCAUUGAUGCAGACCCAACCCUGUCAUGGUUUCCAGCCUCUAAACCCCUCCAACGGGAGGGGGAUGACCCCCUGUGCUUCAAAACCAUGCCACAGACCCUUCCCUCUUCUCCCUCCCCGUUGGACACACUUGGUUGUCCUGUGCUGCAUAUCAGAGUCUGCAUUGCCAUGAUUCCAACCUUCUGUUUGUGCUUUACUUUAAUCUGAAGAGUGUCCUAACCUGCCUAUUUCUGGGUCCAUGUUUCCUGGCCAGCGUUUGUUUCAUUUCUCCUGCUGUUUUGAGAAGACCAGUGGCAAAAGUUCCUUCCCGGAAUGGUACAAGCUGACUAAUUCCAGUAAUUGAGAAUCUUUUGGGGUUGUGUGAAGAGCUGCACAAACAUUUGGAGCUUGCAGUAGUGUUUUCUGGUCUCUUUCUGGUAGGGAAGCAGGUAAAGGAAGGGCUGGAGCUCAUCCUCCAUUGAGUCUUUCUGCAGAGUGGGCAUUCCUCUUGGCCAAGGCAUCGGGCCUAGGUAUUUGAUUCCUGAUCUUCCUGUCUCGACUCCUCUGUAUGCUUGUAUGUCAUACCUAAUUGCCCAUGGCAACCAGGCAAGGCUCGAAAUCAAUUCGAAAUUCAGGCUGUGGCCCUCCAACUGUUUUGUUGAACUCCAGCUUUCAUAAUUCCUGGCCAUUCUGAGGCCAUCGUCUGAAGACGGACUCCAAAGCUAAAGGCAGGUAUCUUCAACCUGCGGCCCUCCCGGUGUUUAGACCUCCAGCUCCCAGAAGCCCCUACUUCCAGCUUGUCCAGUGUCCAGGAUUCCUUAACAUAACACUGGGAGGGCCACAGGUUGAAGAGGCCUGCUAUUAGCUUUGGAGACCAUCUUCAGAUGAUGACCUCAGAAGGCUAGGGUUGUGGAGAAGAUCCUCAGCUGAUGGCUUUAGAAAGUUAAGAUUUUGGAGAAUGUCUUCAGAUGAUGACUUCAAAAAGCGAAGGCUUUGGAGAAGGUCCCCAAAUGAUGGCCGUAGAGGGUUAACUUUGGAGACCGUUUUCAGAUGAUGGCCUCUGAAGUCUAGGACUUUAGAGAAGGUUCUCAGCCAACCGCCUUCAAUCAGACCUAUUCAACUAGCAGCCCUCUGGAUGUUUCAGACUUCAGCUCCCAGACUUCCUGACCAUUGGACAAUCUGGCUAGGGCUUCUGGGAGUUGAGAGGCUCCACUGCAGUGGGGUCAAAAUGGCAUAUGCCCUCUCCUAGCAGCCCCGAAUGGCAUUUGCCACCUCACCACAGUAGAGUCCCAUUUCCCUUAAUGGGGUUUCCUUCUGAAGUCUUGGCACAUCACCCUCCCUUCCUCCUUGGCCUCUGGCGGUGUGGUUCCACAACACCAGGAAACCCAUGGCCGGUGGCAGAUGUGGUUGUGAUCCAGGGCCUGAAGCUGGUAGAGCCUUGCCAGAAGUAGCAUCCUGAAGCAAAAGAAGCCUUGUCUCUUGGCUGGGAUCCUUCUGGGCAGUUGAUUGUGCCAAGCUUGGUUUGGUUGGGAAGCGAAAGGGUCUGGGAAGAGCAAUCAUCAUUAAAGAUUCCCCCCAAAUGUCAGAGUGGGACAAGAAGAUAGGAUUACAGUGCCCUUAAGGAUGCCCCAACAGGGACCAGACCCCAAACCAGGCCUAGUCGCUGCUAGCAUUUGGCAAGGAAGGUGACUUCUCUGGACAAGGAGUGGCCCAGUUUCUCCAAAGAGUUGAUUAAUGCCUCUGUUUCUGUGGUGAAAUACACACACACAUACAUAUAUGUCAGCUCCAAAGAAGCAUGCAUUGACAUCCUUUGUUCAAUAGCUGGAACAUUGAUGGUGGUCUGGUAUUUUUUAAAAUUAAGAUUAUUUCAUGUUGAGAGUGUCACAGGACGAUUCUGUGCCUAGGGGCAGAGAGGAGGUGGCACGGUAGUGUGGGGAAUUGUAUGAAAGGGAUCAAUGCAAGUUGGGAAGGUGCGGGUGUGCAAGCGUAAGUGUACCCUCAUUCGGAGGGCGAGCAGAAAUGUGCCCAGGAUGAGCAAGUGCAUUGGGAUAGGUGGCGAUGUCUGAGUGGGCAAAGGAACCAGUGGCACUUUGAGUAGAAAUUGGGGGCACUCCUCCCUUAUUAACUUGUACCAGAGCAACUUUGGUUGCAACAUUUUGCCCCCAAAAGCCCCUCUAAGAAACUCAGGGGCAUCCUCUCCAUAUUUCUGACCCCCUUUGGCCAUUUGAGACCAAGUCUUGUCCAGAAUCAGUGCCUCGCAAGGGAGGGAUGCACUCUUAUAGAGCGCCUGGAGGGGUCUGUCUGGGGAUUGGCUUCUGAUUUCAGAGAUUAAAAGUCAUGAUUGGUUACAAAACAAAAAAA